UAUAAGAAAUUUCUUGGGGAAAAAAAAAAUUGUGUCAGGGCUCAGAGCCUACCUGUUAAUUUGGCCAGUACGAUGAUCAGGUAAAGUCCACCUGCAGAGACCCGUCAUUGAUAUUGUUUUAUUUUGAAAAACGUGGUGCAGAGGUGUCACAGCGUGACUUUCUGUCUGACCGGAUUGUGGAGCUCACUUUGAGAAGAGCACGCCGAAAAAACACAACCCAAUGGUGACCUGAGAAAGAUGGCAGACACAGGACUGUGCUGUGGCAGCCUGGAGGAGCCCAAGGUCCUGAUGAAGAUGGGUCUGAGCGCGGUUAUAGUCGGUCACAUUAACUUCCUGUUGGGAGCGCUGGUGCACGGCGUGGUGCUCAGACACAUCAACAUCCACAAGCAGGCCCACACUGUGGAGUACGGCAUCUCCAACGUGGUGGCUAUCGCAUCCGGGAUACUGGGAGUGGUUGUUGGUGUUCUGGCUAUUGUCCUGUCUAAAAACAAGAAGAGUAAAUCCCUGAUGUGGUCUCUCUUCAUAGUGAGUCUGGUUGCAGCUCUCACGGCAGCAGUUUCAGCCAUCGGUCUCUUCACAUCCAUGGUGAGGGCCAUCAUUCAUGGUGGGCGGAGCCUCCUGGCUCACUGCCACUUCCCCGACGCCGCUGACUACUCCAGCAUCACCAACGAGUGUCCCUUUGACCCCACACGCAUCUACAGUACCACUCUGAUCCUUUGGGUGCCUUUAAUCGUGACUUGUGUCAUCCAGCUGGUGUUUUGCGCCCGCUGCUUUGUCGUCUGCAUUUCCUUGCUGGGUCUGCCUUGCUGCCUUACCGGGAAGGGACCCAGAGACAGAGGCAGAUCGAUAAACGCAGUGAUGCCGAUCCAGAGAGGUGCUUCUCCUCGCUAUUCUAAACCUCCAAGUAGCUAUAAUGAACCUGCACCCAGGUAUACAGAGGCUCCAAGAACCUACGACAAACCGAGAAGGAGCGCUGCACCUCUGCAACAGCAGCACCCAACUCCUACUCUUCGGCAGUAUCUUCCCCGACAGCACCACAGUCUUCCACCCUUGGAGAGCCAACCUCUUCGCCAGCCACAUAGAGUGAGGUCAGACAGAGAAGGGCAGGUAACAAGGGCUGGCAGCCAGCAAAGGGCAAGGGAGCAGCACCGGCUCUUGCAGAGGGGUACACUGGACAGGUCCAGCUUUUGGAUAUAGCCUUAUUUCACACAGGAGAUCUUCUGGAAGAGCCAGUAAUACUCAAGACCCUUGUUUCCCAUCAGUACUUUAAGGCUGUGGCCUCAGAUAAAGGAGAUGUUUAUUAAGUAGAACUGAUCUAUGAAUUUUCUGACGCCCAGACUGUUUGCAAGGUGUGCAGCAUCCCAGAUACGGGAAUCUGUCAGUUCUCGUUCUCAUUGUGAUCAACAAAAUAUUCACACCAGGAGUGAAAAACGCAGCUAAGUGCUGUAAAGAGAGGACACUGUGACAGAUCUGAGUGGAAAUAUGAGAAAUAGCUUGUGAGUGUUUUUUUGCCAAGAGUUUGGAUGAACGAUCUGAUGUCAGCGUUCAGGUCGGACCCACUUAAAACUGAAGCAGGGCUAAUCUGCUAGUUAGCUCAACAAAACCUCCACCACGACUCUAAAGCUCAGUAUUUCACAUGUGCCAAAGUGUAAGCACAAUAUUUUGUUGUUUUUAAUUUAGUUUUUUGGUGGGUUCUUUUGCACAAUGCCAAGUGUCAGCUUUGGCAAUAACUUUGUUAUCACAGACUUAAUGAGCUGCUUUUGUUGUGUUACUAAUUUGUCGCUGUAUGUUACUUUAUCAGGUGACCCGAAUGGAUUUUUUUGAAUGCAAACACUGCACCUGUGCGGUGACAUUGAGUCUUUUCAUUUCGACUUCGUUUCUGUGAGCUCAGCUUCGCUAAAAACUGCUUGUCUGACUUGAAUCACGGCUUACUCAGUAACCCUUUUUUGGAUUUUUGGUUGGUCUGUACAAAGCAAAAAUGUCUAGAUUAGCUGUUUUAUCCCCUGCUGAGAAUGAUG